AAAAUCUACAAAAAGUAUUUAUAAGAAAUUGGUGCAUGGUUGUGCUUCAGCUCCUCAGUGCAUGAUAUGAAAGAAAAUCAGAUGAGGUUGCAAAAAAUAAAUUCUGUGUUAGACAUCAGAGACCAUUUCUUGACAGGAAAAGUUGUUUGUGAUGUGUGCAGCAUGCUCUUUCAAACCUAGACCUACCUUGAUGCCAAAGCCAAAUUCCACUUUUGUGACUGAGUUCCUCUUUGAAGGUUUCUCCAGCUUCAGGUGGCAGUACAGACUUGUCUUUUUUGUUGUUUUUCUAACUUUGUACCUGCUGACUCUCUCUGGCAAUGUGAUUAUCAUGACCAUUGUUCGCCUGGACCAUCAUCUCCACACUCCCCACCCCAUGUACUUCUUCCUGAGCAUGCUAUCCAUCUUUGAGACCUGCUACACUGUGGCCAUCAUUCCCUAUAUGCUUCCUGGUCUCAUGAAUCCUCACCAGCCCAUUGCCACCCACAGCUGUGCCAUUCAGCUCUUCUUCUAUCUCACCUUUGGCAUCAACAACUGCUUCCUGCUCACAGUCAUGGGAUAUGACCGCUAUGUGGCCAUCUGCAACCCCCUAAGGUGUUCAGUCAUCAUGAGUAAAAGGGCCUGUAUCCAACUGGCCUCUGUGUCACUGGGGAUUGGCCUUUGUCCAAUGGCCACCUGCAUGGCCAUUGUCCAAGUAACAUCUGUGUUUGGCCUGCUGUUCUGUGAUACCUUUGUCAUCUCCCACUUCUUCUGUGAUGUGAGACCCCUGCUGAAGCUGGCCUGCACAGACACCACUGUCAAUGAGAUCAUCAACUUUGUUGUCAGUGUCUGUGUCCUUGUCCUACCUAUGGACCUGGUCUUUGUCUCCUAUGUCCUCAUCAUCUCCACCAUUCUUACGAUUGCCUCAGCUGAAGGUUGGAAGAAGGCCUUUGCCACCUGCGCCUCCCACCUCACAGUGGUUAUCAUCCACUAUGGCUGUGCCUCCAUCAUCUACCUGAAGCCUAAGUCCCAGAGUUCCCUGGGACAGGACAGACUCAUCACAGUGAUCUACACUGUCAUCACUCCCCUACUGAACACUGUUGUGUACAGCCUGAGGAACAAGGAGAUGCUCUGCGCAGAGCCAUGGGGCAAACAAGGAGAUGCUCUGCACAGAGCCAUGGGGCAAAAGCCCCUGUCUCCUUUACGAAGAGAGGUUGUGAAGCCUUUUUCUUUGAGUUUAUAAAUAUG